AUGGUGAGACAGCUGCCCACUUGCGGCGUUAAACGAGAAAGGGAGGAUCCAGAGGGUGAUGAAAGUCCUGGUAGAGGAUCCAAAUCGGCCAUGAAUACCGUGAAUCCGACCGAUCUCUUUAAUUUGGGCAAAAACUUGAAGCUCCUUCCGGUGCCCGAAACCACGGAUGAUCUUGAAGUGACGUGCAAGAAGAUGCAGGAUCUAGCCAAGGUAGUUGAAGAGGGAAACAGUCUCGCACUCUACACAGGCCUGAAGCUAGCAUCACAACAAUCUCGAAAUCCAGAGCUAAUAGCCAGGACACAAUUGGCGCCGCGAGAGCGGGAAGAAUAUGAACGCUGGAGGGAGAUGAAGGACAAUCGCAAUCGCAAUAGCGACGGCAAUAACGAAGACAACCAAUACAAUAAUAUUAUUAUGAAGCUCCCGGACUUCGACUGGGAUAAAAAUGUGGCACCUGUGCCGCAAGGAUCUCGGAGUCUCAAGAAGUUCAAGCAGCGGGCUGAGGCCAUGGCGCAAAUUUGGGACCAUCAGGGUGUCAAACCAGAGCAUGCAUCAUGGCUAACCUUCAAUAUGACAGCUCUACUACCGCUCGUGAAAGCGGUUACAAAGAUAUCUAACAUCGAAAGACAUCUCGAAGAGCAGAAUCCUGGCAUCUGUAAUCGAACCGACAUGGAAUUUGCAGAGCUUGAAACAGCACGCAACAUCCUGGCUGUUGCGGAACGAAAUAGAGCACGAGAAAUGGCAAGGAUCCGCAAACUUAUGAAAUCCAUUACUGAAUCGACCACAAUUAUGAAGACUCGUAUACGUGCCCUUGAGAAAUAG